AUGGUGGAUGAAUUUGUUGGAGUUCUCGAGAGCUUUUUGGGGACUAAGCGGGUGAAUAUUAGUCUCGCUGAGAGAUGGGAACAGUGCCCCCCGUCGGAGGCGAACGGAAAGCCACUGAAGCAAUACCUGUCCAAGAGUGCGUUCUGGUCUAUGUGCUAUGACUACUAUCACGGAUUUGACGACUUCCGAUCAAUAUAUAGCUCCAAAUAUGGGAAGCUUCCUUUCGAGGGUCCAGUCUUGCAUUAUAGAUGGGAAAUCGGCAAAGAGGUUACUCCCGACGAGUACAAUACAUACCGUGAAGAACUGAAAGUAUUCCAGAGAUGGUUUGACGAAAACAUCUUCUCACAAGAUCCAAACACCCUAUCUGAGGCCAUCAUGAUCAUGCCAUAUGGCUCUGCUAACCCGAAAUAUCGGGAUACCCCUAAUGAGAGCCCAUCAAGUGCUGGAACCAUUGGUGAAAAGUUCAUCUCUCCUGUUCUCGGAAUCCCUCAGCUUGUGCUACCUUCCGAAGCUGCAUUCCGGGCAGCGUCGUGGCCUACAAGCGUCGACGUCGGAAGAGAUAUGUUUCCUUUAGCAGACAACGUCCGUAAUGUUGCUCCCGUCGACGGGAAUUCCAAGGAGCAAGGCUUGCUGCAACUGCAAGCACUGAAUAGCAAGUUUUAA